UGCUUCGGUUUAGGUACUCUAAUAAAAUAGUUUGUAUCAGUGUAACGUUCUCAAAAAUGUUUCUAGUCACUGACUGGAUUUCGGUACACUACUAGACCACAUCGCACUGCAGCGUAACGAUAGACCUGUGACUGAAGGCAGCGGGAAGUUAGAGUAAUAAUAAUGUAGCAAACGUGGGGCAGAGGCCGAUCAGAGGCCUGCAAACGAGGCAGCCAAUCAGAGCCUGCAAACGAAGCCCGCGUAAAAUUAUUAAGGAGAUGUAUUGGCCUACAAGUGAGAGUAGAGGACUAGGCUCGAGUCUCCCAUUCUGAACUUCCGCACUUCAGCACAACUGUAACCGGCACAGUAUGUCUGUACUGUCAGAUCUCUGGAGCGGCGUGUGGUUUAACAAACUGUUUGUGGCGCUUGCUACGGUUUUGCUGGGAGCCCGUGCUCAAUAUGUUUCUUCUGAAUGCAGUGAGCAAAAGGAUCUUUCAGUCUUUGUUGGCCAAGACGUUGUUUUAUCAAAGAAAGUACCAGUAGCUGAAAUAGUUAAUAUAUUCUCAGACAAUUCUCCUUUAUUUGAAUUUAUGGACGGAAAGCUUACAAAAAACUGUUUUAAGUGCGUCUUUGUGAACUCGUCUUCAAUUCUUAAGAACAUUCAACUCAAUGAAUCUGGGGUAUAUUACAUUAAGGACGGCUUUGUACCUGGUACUUGCAUAAAUAUAACCGUGCUUCCGACUACUACACCUGAUCCGAAGGUGCCACCCAAUGGGACUACACCUGAUCCAACAGCUGCUAAAAAUUCAACUAGGUUUGCUGAUUCUGCUGCUAUCAUUGUUGGUGUCAUUGUUGCUGUCGUCGUCGUCGUCGCUGCUGUUGCAGUAUGUAUCCAUUUGAAAUGGAAACCAAGUCGAUCAUGGUUCCACAAGAUCACAGUAAGAAGAAGUUCUGAGUUUUCUGUGCAAUAUAGAGAGCGCAGUGGAAGGGUAAAGAGAGAAACGGGAACAAGCUCUUCUACCACCAACAACCUAACAAAACAACAAGAUGAGGACACUGAUCUGCUUCAUUCCAAGAAUCAAGAUGACAUUGUCAUAACCAUGAGCAAUGGUGCAACCAGCACUGACCCCUGCUAGAUUUCUGGGGUGCAGUAUAAACAUAAGUAUAUAAAGCUGCCUAUUCAAGCCCAGAUCUGCUCAGUUUGCACAAUAGUAUGGGCAUGAGAGCCACCUCAGGACUCGUUAUUCAACAGAUAAUACUGUGAUCCUAUUGGAUGGUAGAUUAUCUGCCUAAACUACAUGGUGCAUUAGCAGAUGAGGAAAUGAGAACUGCAGUUGCACUUCAUCCUCCUGUUCCGAUUUUUCAGGCCCAGCAGAACAAUUGUAUUUGGCUACAACUGUUUAUGCAAAUACAAAAGGGGGGUUGUGGGAGCCCCCGCAUUGCUAAGUAAAAAUAUAUAG